AUGAGCGAGAUUGACGCCCUCUACAUAUAUGAUGAGCUAAAUGCACCUCUCGUCGAACAUGUAUAUCGAUCCCGCCCUCCCUCGGCCUCCGCCAUCCUACCCCUCUACCUCGCCCAUGCCGCCCCACGACCUUCUUUGCUAUACAUUCCUAGCGCUUCGCCUCCAGUGACAGUAUUCUCGACAGUCGAGUCAAAUCUAUUGUUUCUUGCAAUAAGCGAAGUCGACACGGAACCGCUUCUGGCGCUUGAGUUCCUGCACCGCGUGAUUGAUGUGCUCGAGGACUUUGUCGGAGCACCACUGCUCUCAACUAAGAUCCAAUCCAAUUACGAUGUUGUAGCACAGCUUCUUAAUGAAAUGUGCGAUGGAGGGACGAUAUGCAAUACCGAGCCUAAUGCGUUACAAGAAGUUGUUGAGGUUCCUGGGUGGAUGGGAAAGCUGUUAGGUGGAAUCGGAGUACCUGGUACAUCUGCGCCAACGCUAGGGUCUACUAAUCCUUUGAAACAAUCCCUCGCCGCCGCCAGUGCAUCACAGGGACCCGCCAUUCCUUGGCGACGACCGGGUGUGCGCCAUACCUCUAACGAGUUAUAUGUCGAUAUUAUCGAAUCUCUCUCUGUUACCAUGGCUCCUUCAGGUCGACUACUUUCUGCCUUGGUAUCCGGAACCAUUGCAUUCACGGCGAAGAUAUCGGGAGUUCCAGACCUGCUCCUAUCAUUAUCAGCACCAGGAGGUCAGCAUGCCCUUGGCCGCAAGAUUGAACUACCGGUUUUCCACCCAUGUGUUCGAUUGGCUCGGUGGAAAGAACGCCCGGGAGAGCUCAGUUUCAUACCCCCGGAUGGGCGAUUUAUUUUGGCUGGGUACGAAGUUGAUCUCCUCCCCAUAGAUCCCGACUUGGAUGAGCCACCAAGCCAUAUGGAAAAGCUAUUUUUACCUGCUAUUGUGGAUAUUCGCAAAUCACUGGGGUCAUCUGGCUCCGAAUUCGAGGUGCGACUGACUUUGAACACAAAUUUCCCGGGCCAAAGUUCCUCCUCGCGGCCUGGAGCUACUCGGACCGGAUCCGGCACAUCAACACCGUCGUUCUUGGGUGUAGGCGGGAGUGGAAACUCCGCACCAACACUUGAAGAGGUCGUCGUUAGUGUACCAAUCUCACAGUCUGUCCGCCAUAUCACGGAUAUGCAGGCCAGCCGUGGUGAUGCUCAGUUCACUCCCUCAAGCGGGCUCUUGGAGUGGCGGAUUCCCACUGGCAAGGAUGCUGGCUCAUUGUCCGGCACUGCGACCCUGCGUUGCAGUGUGUCCGGCUAUCCAUCUGCCGAUGAUGACUUCGACGAUAGCCUCGAGGAUGCCGACGAAGAUGCCAAUGCCAACCUCUUGCAAGGCUAUUAUGAGGAGCCCACCGCCUAUAACGAUGCAUCUGCUAGUACAUCGAAGAAAAACCGAUCCUCCGACCCCUCUAAGCGCAAGAAGAAAAAGAAGAAGUCAACAAAGAAGUCCUCCCGCUCCGCUGCCUUACAGCCAGAAGAUGCAGAAGACCCUGCUGCGACCACAACCCCAUCCCCAAAUCACUCUAAACCCCAAACUCCAACACCUCCUCAAACUCAACCCCAACCCCAAUCUAAUGCCCACCUCCCCGCAUUCUUCGACCCAUCAUCUUCAUCCCGCCCGACUCGCAGAACUAAAGCUCAAGUCAACGCAAGCUUAAUGCCCAACUCAGCGUCAGUAUCGUUCUCCGUGCGAGGCUGGCUGCCCUCCGGUAUCAAAGUGGACAGUCUCAAUAUCGACCAGCGCCGCAGUCGCGGCCUAGGCGAGAGCGUCAAACCAUACAAGGGUGUCAAGUAUCUGUGUGUGAGUAACCGCGGCAUAGAGCGGCGCUGUUGA